UCUCUCUGAUCAGGAAUGUGGAAGCUUUCUGGAGUCCACUCAGUCAGCGCUGCACGUUGCUGCCCCACGCAGGAGUGAAUAAGUGAUCUUUGCCUCGCUUAAAUGUAUUGAUGAGGAGGAAGUGAUUUGUGAACUGAGCCCCUUGGUCACUUUUUUGGGAUUUAUAUUCAUUGUCGAAGGCGUUUUCUUUUUUCUUUUUUUCGUUUCCUCCUCGGGUUAAAGAAAAGUUUGCUUUUGGACCAAGCACAGCUGGAGUCAGCAGAUGGAAAUACGCUCCAAGUGUUCACCGAGCCCACCUUUUUCCGGAGGUCUCCCAACAUGGACCCAGAGUCACUGAGGAGGUGAAGACUGCUGGUGUUAAAUGCUCACUGCGAGGCGUCCUGCACACAGCGACUGCUCAUAAAAGUGCUGUUAGUUCAGUGACUGUGUGAAGCGUUCACAGACUGUUUACCAUGGCGUCCAGUCUGACAUGUACGGGUGUUAUCUGGGCCCUGCUGUCCCUGCUGUGUGCUGCUGCCUCCUGCGUCGGCUUCUUCAUGCCCUACUGGCUGCUGGGGACACAGAUGGACAAGCCUGUGUCCUUUGGCACCUUUCGUCGCUGCUCCUACCCUGUUAGAGAUGAGGAGAGGCAGGCCACCGUGAUGUUGGAGCAGUGUGGGCGCUACGCCUCCUUCCACGGCAUCCCCAGUCUGGAGUGGAGGAUCUGCACCGUGGUGACAGGCGUCGGGUGUGGCCUCCUCCUGCUGGUGGCGCUCACAGCUCUCAUGGGCUGCUGCAUCUCUGACCUCAUCUCUCGCACAAUCGGGCGUGUGGCGGGAGGCAUCCAGUUUGUUGGAGGUCUGCUCAUAGGAUCUGGCUGUGCACUCUAUCCUUUGGGAUGGGACAGUGAGGAAGUACAGCAGACCUGCAACAACAGCUCGGACCAGUUUCAGCUGGGUUCCUGUCAGAUCGGCUGGGCAUAUUACUGCACAGGGGCCGGGGCGGCGGCUGCCAUGCUGCUGUGCACCUGGCUGUCCUGUUUCGCUGGGAAGAAGCAGAAGCAGUACCCGUACUGACAGGAAGCAUCGGGGAGACGGGGACGGGAAGAGACCUCGGGAGGUACGCAGCGCGGGAGAGGACUCUGACUGUAUGGACUCCUCAAAGCAGUACAGCACACCAGGCACCAAAGACAGCAAGUCAUUCUGGUGCUCUGCACAUCAUGGACACUACUCGUCAGACAACUGCAGGGACUGUUUCAUUAUGCAGCACAAACACGUGGCUUUGAAAACUGGGUCUUCUCUUAACAAGCUGUUCAUAAAUGAAAUAAUGUACGGACCAAUCCUCUUU